AUGAGUACUUCAAAAUAUCUCGAUGACCCUAAUGUUGUACAAACAUCACUUUAUGGUUACGAUAGGAGCAAGAAAGUGCAGGUUAGAACUUUGAAACAUUUUCCGAACAACAUAACUAAUUCUUUUUUCGUAGUUGAAUCACUUGCGCGGUCGUCCAAUUGUUGUUUUACGAUCUGAUACGAUGGACGCUUCGAAGCAACCAAAGUGGGUUGUCAGAAGAGGAGGGAAGAAGGGUGAAAAACCGGAUUUUCCAUCGUAUACUCAAUUUCAUCAUCAGUACACGUGUCCGAAAUCGAUUGAGCCUACGUCUCCAACAGUCUCACAAGCAUCAACCGAACAAACCUCAAAUGCAGAAGAUCAGCAAAACGUCAAAAGAGUUUUCGACAAACUUGCCAUUUCAUCGUCGACUCGUCCGGCGGCGUUUUCCCCAAAUCCGCCAUCUUCUUCGUCUAGUAUCAAUGGAUCAAAUGAUAUAAUUGUAUUACAAUUGAAUCCAGCAUUCUCCAAAAAGAAUAUGAUGUCUUCUUGUUGUUCAAGUAUGUCUCCUACCGAUUCAUCAUCAUCAUACGUUUCUUCGCAAAUAUCGAAAGAAGAUGAAGAAAGGCGAUUCUGUAACCAAAUCGGAACUAAUGAUGCUGAUGCAAGUUUUAUUCGUGAUUGUGGAAUAAGAAUUUUCUAUUUUCAGGGUGCUUCGGAUUGCUCUCGAUUUGCUUCAACAUUUGAUGCUGACGAAAGUCGCGCAGAACUUGAAGAUGAUUUGCAAGACAAUUCGUCGAUCAAAGCGCACAGAUGUUCCGAUGAAGUUCAAUGCAAUAUAUUCCGUGGUGGAAAUUGCUCAGAUGAACGCAUUGAACGAAAAAUUGUUUUGGAAUGGUAUGAUGAUUUGAUUCGUUGGCGCCACGAUGUUUUAAAGAAGAAGUAUGAGUAAGACAAUUUAAAUAUAUUGUAAAACUAUGUUGAACGUUUCAGACGAUUCGGACCACCGAAGUGUCAUCCACCACCAAUGACUCAUACUUUGAUUGGGGCAAGUCGAACUCAAAAGGAGAAUCCAUUCCACAAAAUAGUUCACGAACAUCCAUUUGCUGUUGAAGCAAAGGAACAUCAAAGAAUGCGAGCGGAAGCACGAAGAUGUCUAAAUCUGAUUCCACACGAACUUCCUCUUCCAGCUCCGCACGAAUUUGUUGAGAACGCAAAACGAAUGGAACCACAUUUAUUUGUUGAAUAUUGUUAUCAAUUAACAGCAGCUGCAUACAAUAUCGACAUUGGACUGGUAAAUAAUAUAAGAAAACCCUCGAAUAUAUUUGAGUAUAUUAUUGCAGAAUCCACCACAUCGACGUCCACCAAUUCCACCACCAGUCGAGCCAAUCCCACCUCAACCUUCAAGCGAAUCUUUGUGCUCAUCAGCUUCCGAUUUUUCAUCAGAUGGUGAAUAUUCGGAUGAUUCUGAAGACACAAAGAAUGAACGAUUGAAGUUGAAAAUAGAACGACACAAAAGACGCGAAAUUCGUCUUCAACAAAUUUUCCGUCGUCGUGCAGCAGAAAGUAUGUACAAUGAGUUGGCGAUGACAGGAAACCAACCAACUAACGGCUUUUAA